AUGGCAAACCACCAACAGCGAAUCAACCCAUCCCCACGAAAUCCCCUUCUCCCCGCUUCGUCUCUCCCUGCAGCUCCAUCGGUGCAGGGGCUUGAUGUCCACCAAUCUGGGGGAAGUCAAGAAAUCCACCAAGAACCAGGCACGUCAAAGAAUAGAGCUAAGUGGGAUCACCAGAAGAGGCUAUAUCUUAUUGAACUAUUAGAAAUCCAUGAUGUGCCUAUAUUUCGGACACACAAUGCAUGGAGUAAGGAAGCUUGGACUGGUCGUUAUGUCGAAGGAAGUUGUCGUGGUAUGGAUCAUUAUGCCAAUAAGGCAAUAUUGCCUUCACAAGUUUCUCCUGAUGUGCACCUGCAGUCACCUUCACCUAGUAUACCUGCCCCUGGUUCUUUCAGUUUUGAUGCUGAAGAGGACAAGGAUGAUACUAAUUGGUUUGGUAAUGAUGCAUUUACUCCAUUGGGAACUUUCAUGCCUCAAGAAACACCAGAUGAACCAUCUUCCAUAAAUCUAGCACCACAUGUUCCUGAACAAUUUGAAGAAACUCUUCGUCACAGUUGA